AUGUUACUUUUACUAGUAAUUCCGUUGUUACUUGUACAUAUUCCAACAAUAGAAGCAACAACGUUAGCACCAAACCACGUUGCUAUUAAUCCGAAACGGAAACAUAUUGAUGCCGAUACGUCAUGGCUUGAACCGGAUAAGCAUGGUGUACAAAAGAUAUCAUUAGAUGCGAGUAAUCCGGAAAAGGCAGUCCUUAAUUUGAUUAAUUCCGAGAAACAGUUAAGUGCAUCAGCACAAGGUAACAUGGCAGUAGCAGAAAGUAAUGGUCAACGAGCACAGGUACAACGAUUUGGUGAUAAAGGCGGUAUCGCACAGGUUGAAGGACAUAAAGGUCAAAUAAAAACUAAGGAGGAUGGAGAAGGACGUCAUGCAUUCUUGAAGGCUGACGGAAAGUACACGUUGGAUACAGCUGCCCGUGGUUCCUUGAAGGAUCCAAAAGAUACAGAUUUUGUAGCUACCAAUGAACGUUUUGAUUUCGCUCUCAAUCCACAAAGUCAAAAUCAAAAUGAAGGUAGCGGUACACUUUCAUAUACCGACAAGGAAAAACGAAAGAAUGGUAAAUAUGCGUAUACAAUAAAAAAGGACACCCACAAAGUUGAUGCUUAUCUGUCAGCCGAUACCGUUAACGAUGAGGAUGAAUUUUCGCAGUCAUUAUUUGGCAGACGAUCUGAAAAAUAUCAUUGUACUGCCGAAACACCGGGUAUCUCACAAUGUUAUGAUGCACAAGGACGCAGUGUGGGUAAAGUUGUAGCUGACAAGUCGGGUAAUACUAUCAUUUACAAUGAUAAGGAUGUGCCCAUUGCCACAGGGAGUGUGCACAAAAUUAACAACCAUUCUUACCAGGCAGUAAUUAGCAAGAAUUUAUUUAUUGCAAAACUGAAAGAUGCUCGGACAUCAUCAUGUUGUCGAGAAAUCUCCGGAAAAAAUUGCACAGAUCCAAUUAAAUUGGCAAAUCCAUCAUUUAGUCAUCCAUCGGAACGUGAUGGCGAUACGUUAAAAUUGACGUGGCCUGAUUGCGUGGACAUGUCUAUCGAUGUAACAUUGCCACCAAAAGUUCAUAUUAACCGUCUUGCUAUGAAACUCGACGUGAUGAUCCAGCCAAUUGGGAAGCUACGUUGUAUGGACGUGGCAACGUGCGGCCGUGAAUGCUAUUACUGCGAUUGGUGCAAGAAUACAAGAAAAUUAAAAUUGUUGGAAAAUACUGAUGGUAAUUUGUGUCGCUCAACUGAAGAGCGUACUUAUCGAUUAACCGUCAAACUAUGUCCACCACCGGAAGAUCCGUUAUUUACCCUUUGCUCCGCAUUCUCGAAAUCAGUAUGGCAAAAAGAUUAUUGGCAAAAGCAAGGUGCUAUGGAAAAAGAGUUCUUUGCUCAGUUGGAUAAUCCUUUGCUUGGCAAAGCAUUUAAAUUAGCAAUGAUAGCUGAAUGGCUUGCUGCUAACAGCAUUGAUCAAGGCUCAUAUACUCCGACUAACUCAGAACUUUUGGAAUAUUGGGUAUCAAAACGAGUGCCGGAUCGCUUGCUUGCCUGUCAACAUGCCGUUGUAGAUUACGAAAUCGAAGGGGCUAAAGUGAAGACAAAUCUGCUGUUUGAAGCUGCUACCACAGCUAAUUCAUUACCAAAUAUAUUCAAAGAUAAAAGAUGUAGCGCAUUUGAAAAGCUUCAAGAAAGCCGAUUUCAAGCGGAAGCAGCGGAAUAUAAGCGUAACAACGGUCGGUCAAAUAUUCUUAGCGGUCUUGGCAACUUUUUCAGUAAUAUUAAUAAUCAUGGAAGGUGA